UCAGCCAAAUCUGGAUCGGCCUACAUAGAGAUCCUCAGGAGAGCUCAGCCUGGAGGUGGAUAAAUAUGAAAACUGGAGUAGGGGUUACAGGAAACGACGUCUCAUGGAACUCCAAGUGGGCCGAUGGGCAGCACAGCGGUCACUGUGCAAUUGUGGGAGAUGAUCAAAUGUGGUACAGUGUUCAGUGUUCAAGUGAAUAUAAUGUUUACUGUUUGGCAGAGGACAAAAUUAUUUAUCAUGAAGUUACCUUAAGCUGGCACAACGCUUCUCAGUUUUGUCAGGAUAUGGGCAGUAGCCUCGCAACCAUCACCAAAAGAAGCAAAGGUUUGAGUCAUAGUGGCUGGAUUGGACUGUACCAACAGGAUGGUCUCAACUGGGACUGGAUCGGAGAUUUGCCAUCUGACUACAGGAACUGGGCACCAAGAGAGCCGCUCACAGCAGACUGUGGUUCAUUUAAUUCUGUCAAUGAAAAGUUGUACAGCAAAAAGUGCUCCGAAAAGCUUCGGUUAAUAUGCUAUUCUGACAACCUGGUGGUGGUGAAUAAGAACAAGACAUGGGAAGAAGCCCUCCGGCACUGCAGGAACAUGAAAGCAUGUACCUCCUCCUGCACACACCACUACGACAUCCUGAGCCUGCCAUACUUGUAUGAGUACAGCUAUGUCAGAGACCGGAUCUACAGAGCCACGACGGAUGAGGUGGGGACGGGAGCAGGGUGA